UAUUUAUUUAUAACUGUAUAUACGCAUUCAUACACAUAGCUCCAAAGUGGCCGUCACCAUGGAGAGAGCUUGCUGUAGAAAAUUAUUUUUUAAUUCGAUAUUGUUGCAUUAGUUCAGUGAAUAUUGGAUCUUAAUUACGUUCAUCAAAAAAAGCAAGAUUGGUUUUCAAUAAGGCUAAGAUGCGAGUACGUCGCAUUGUCCGCUUUGGACAAAAAACGAGAAAUAAUAUAUUUUUUUAACUUAUUGUUUUUUCAACAUUUCAGGAUGAAUGGAGGAAUGGAGCAUAAAACUCCAGGGCACAAUGCUGCGCUCCAUAAAGCACCUAAAAAUUAUAAGUUGCUCAUGGACCCAUUUCUUAUGAAAGGAGCAACAAAAUUGUACAGAUAUGAUGGAACUGUUCCUGGGGACACAACAUAUCCGCCUGUGCAGUGUCGAGAUCCUCGCUCCCAGCUUUCGAGAAUAUGGAACAGAUUAGAACCAGCUGAUUUACCAAUCCCUAGAUUUAAGAUAGACAAAAAUUAUGUUGGAACACCUCCCCAACUUGAAGUUACUCUAGCCAAUUUAAAUGACAAUAUUGACAAAGCGUUUCUCUCAGACAUGAUGCACAAAGUUGGGGCUUAUGAGGAAUUAACUAUAUUUUACCACCCUGUCACGAACAGGCAUCUAGGAUUUGCUAGAAUUGUCUUCCAAGAUGUUAAAUAUUCUAAGAUAUGUAUUGAGAAGUAUAAUGGAAAAUCAGUUAUGGGUCAGGUAUUGGAUGUAUUCCAUGAUCCUUUUGGGAAGCGGUGUCAGGAGAUGUUCGAAGACAAGACAAUGGAGAAGAAGCCUCAGCCAGUAGUGCCAGUGCAGCCUCCGCUUGAGGACGCAAGGAUAGCAAAGGUUGAUCCGGCGCUAAGUAAGCGGUUAGAAGAUACCAAGCUUACUGACAAGGUUGACCACAUGAAAGACCCAUUUCCACGAAAAGAGACGGAGCAUAGCGACAGCAACCAGAGGUGGUCUGACGAUGAGAGGCACGAGCAUCGUCACCGACACCGCAGCAGGGGCGAGCGGGAUAGAGAUCGCGAUCGGGACCGAGAGAGAGAUAGAGACAGCCGACGUUGCAGACGGAAAUGUAGAAGAAGACACCGGGAGCGCUACUCUCGCAGCACGAGCGAGGCCACGGAUAGUCCGUAUGCGGCCUCGAGUCACGCCGCUACUGAUGUCAGCUUCACGCCCGCGCCGCAGGCAUACGACCCUUACUACCAGCAGAGCUACGCGUACGGGUACGGCGCGGGCGCCACGCCCGGCGGCUCCGGCAUGUGGUGGGGCGACUGGCGGCAUCCGCACGCGCAUCCACACCCACACUUGGAGCGGCGCUCGGGCGCGGGCGCCACGCCGAGCGCGGCCGCGACGGCGACGCCGACGCCGACGCCGACGCCGGUGUGGGCGGCGCCGGCCACGCCCGCGGCGGCGGCGGCGCGCGACUCGCCCGCGCCGGCGCUCGACCGACCCAAGGUCAUUGACCCGCCACCGACACCGAUUAACAAACCGCAAAAGGCACUGUACAUUUAUCUUUCCGCAACUGCUGGAUGCUCGCACUGGACGAUACGCUGUCGUGAUUGCUCUAUUGUAGUGAUUGGCUAUGCUAGCGCUAUAUGUUUGCCACCAGAAGAGGCGGAGGCGCCGGCGCCGGAGCCGCGGCCGCCGGCCGAGGCGGGCGCCGAGCCCGAGAAACCGCCGCCGCCGGCUGAUGAGCCCAAGAAUGUUGAUCUCGAUACUAGAAUAGCACUGCUGCUAAAAGGCGGCGGCGGCGGCGGGCUAGCUCCGCCGUUCCUGUCCCUCGGCAUAUCCUCAGAAGAAGAAGACGACCAUCUCCCGCCCGUGCCUGACCUUGAUGCACCUCAACCGCCAUCUGACGACGAAGGUUCCGGCAGUGAAGACCGAGGGAGCAUAGUUUCAUUUAACCAGAACAAGGAGCCCGAGCCGGAGCCGCUCUCCACGACGCCGUCCCCUUUCCUGCAGAGGGACUUCUACCUGGAAUGCCUCAAGUCUACCAUCGAAAAGAGAGCAAGAGAAGCGGAGAGAAAAAAGUUUCCAGCGAUGGACAAAAUCGGAUCGGACAUCUCAUCCUCAGAAGACGAGUUGUUAACUGGCGAGGAGCCUAGGCGUUCCCCCGCCGCGCCCCCGAACCAGGACAAUUUAGACGACGACCAGAUGUCCCUAUCGUCGCUGUCGUCGACAGAGGCGAAGAUCGAGGAGCAGGUGCCGGCGGAGGCGUACUUCUACCCCGCGGCGCCCGCGCAGCCGCAGUACUACCACCCCCCCAUGUGGCCGCCCACCGCCUACCCUCCGCCGGGCUACGCGGGCGAGCUGGCGCUGCCGUACGGCGCGGCGUUCGCGGGCCCGCCGCUGCUGGCGCAGCCCUACCAGCCCUUCGUGGACCAACCGCCCGCGCAGCAAGAGUUAGACAACCCGUACUUCCCUACAAUAAACUCCGUGAUCGACCGAGUCACCGCGGAGCUGAAGGCGAUCCUGAAGAAGGACUUCAACAAGAAGAUGAUCGAGAGCACCGCCUUCAAGAACUUCGAGCAGUGGUGGGACGAGCAGAGCAGGAAGACCCGCCAGGCGCCGAAAAAGGAGGAUGCCGCGCAACCGUUACAAGACAUCUCCAACAAGAAGGAAGACACGCUAGACUCGAUCAAGUCUCUAAUGGAGUCGCGCGACAUCGCGCUGGAGCUGGGCGGGUACACGGCGGGCAUCGGGCUCGGCCUGCGCGCCGCCAUCCCCAAGAUGCCGAGCUUCCGCCGCAAGCGCAAGAUACCCUCGCCCGUCCUCAUGGACGAGGACUCCUCCAAGAGGUUGAGCGACCAGGAGGAGAUGGUGCAGAACUCGGACGAGGAGAAGGAACUGCCUGCAAGCCCAAGAACACGCACGCAGGGCUCGUAUCUGUCGCGCCAACGGCGGCAGUCCAGCAGCUCGUCCAGAUCCUCAUCGUCAUCGUCGUCGCGGUCAUCAACAUCGUCGGCGUCGGAGGCGGAGCCGGAGACCAAAGGGCCCGCGCCGCGCCUCUACUCCGACAGCGACGACGACUCGGAUCUCGACGAGGCGGAGGUUAACGUGAGUAUACACUCACAGCUCAUCAUCAUCAUCAACAUCGUCGGCGUCGGAGGCGGAGCCGGAGACCAAAGGGCCCGCGCCGCGCCUCUACUCCGACACUCAUCAUCAUCAUCAACAUCGUCGGCGUCGGAGGCGGAGCCGGAGACCAAAGGGCCCGCGCCGCGCCUCUACUCCGACAGCGACGACGACUCGGAUCUCGACGAGGCGGAGGUUAACUUCAAGGUUGUGUCGAACAAGGAGCGGCUGCGGAGAGUUUAUUCUUCAUCCUCAGACAGCGAGGAGGAGAAGCAGAGGAGACGAGAAACAACUCCGAUACCCGACGUGCAAGCGGACGACGAGCGGCUCGGCUCCCCCAUCCUGUCGCCCGAGGAGGAACCACGGGACACGCUGCUCGACCGCGUCUACUCCGACUCCGAUGAGGAGCGGGAGUACCAGGAGAAGCGACGGCGGAACACGGAGUACAUGGAGGAGAUCGAGCGCGAGUUCCUGGAGGAGCAGCGCAAGAACAUGGAGACGGACCAGCGGCCGCCGGACAAGCCGCCCGACACCAGCAAAUCCGAAGACCGCAGCAGUCCAAUUAAGAACCAUCGCAAAAGCCCAGAAAAGAAGCAGGAGAUCGAAGACGGCGAGAUCACGUCCGAGGAGGAGAACCUCCAGGCGCGGCGCAAGCGGGAGCGCAAAGAGAGAAAGGGGAAGAAGAUGGAGAAGAGAGAGCGGGAGAGGGAGAAGGGUGACAGAGUCGAGAGGGUGGACAGAGUGGAGAGGUUGUCCGUCAGCGACAGCAACACGGAGUCGGCGGUCAGCGUCAACGGGAUUAAAGAGGCACUGUCGUCGCCAUCGUCAUCACCGGUGUCGCAAGCGUCGCAGGCGUCGCAGGCGUCACAAGUGGCGCUCGACCACUCCUACUGCCGCCCACCGCCCGACCUCGACCACGCCAACCACCUGCAGCAUGACCACGGUUACACGUGGAUGGCGGAGCCGGAGGUGUCGCCGCCGCCGCUCGACGCGACCAAGCCCAAGAAGGAGACCACGAGGCCCUACAAGAGGAAACACGAGACUAAGAAGCUAGUCGAAAUACAAAACAAACUCGACACCCGCGAUGAUCUCUCACAUGCGGUGGUGUCUGAUGUGACGUUCAAGCCGCGCGACAUAAUGGCGGAGAUGCAGGUCAUGUACGAGUUCCUCACGCGCGGCAUCGACCGCGAGGACGUGCAGUACCUCAAGCGGGCCUACGAGGCGCUGCUGGCCGAGGACGCGCAAGGCUAUUGGCUGAACGAUACGCACUGGGUGGACCACCCGCCCACCGACGUGUGCUACAGCCCGCCCAAGAAGAAGUCCAAGCGGCACAACAACAUCUACGAGGAUCUACAGGGGCACUCGUCGGGGUCGGCGCGCACGGAGGGCUACUACAAGAUGGACGCGCGGCUGAAGGCCAAGUACAAGUACCACCACGGCCUCGCCGCGCCGCUGCCGCCCGACGACAAGAAGGCCAGCAAGAUGCAGACCCAGUCCCGCGAGGCCCGCUCCAACCAGCGCCGUCUGCUCACCGCCUUCGGUACGGAUACGGAUUCCGAUCUAUUGAAGUUCAACCAGCUCAAAUUCAGAAAGAAGCAGCUAAAAUUCGCCAAGUCUGGCAUCCACGACUGGGGAUUGUUCGCACAGGAGCCGAUAGCGGCAGACGAGAUGGUGAUAGAGUACGUGGGGCAGAUGAUCCGGCCGAUCGUGGCGGACGUGCGCGAGGCGCACUACGAGGCCACCGGCAUCGGCUCCUCGUACCUGUUCCGCAUCGACCUCGACACCAUCAUCGACGCCACCAAGUGCGGCAACCUGGCGCGCUUCAUCAACCACAGCUGCAACCCGAAUUGCUACGCGAAGAUAAUCACGAUAGAGUCUCAAAAGAAGAUCGUCAUCUACUCAAAGCAACCGAUCGGAGUAGACGAAGAAAUCACGUACGACUACAAGUUCCCACUCGAAGACGAAAAGAUUCCUUGUCUGUGCGGUGCGCCGCAGUGUCGCGGCUUCCUCAACUAAAGGCCCCUCCACACUCGUGCGCGAGUCACGGCGCGAAACCGCGAACGCGAGUGUGGCGUCGAUUUCGCAGAUUGUUCACACCUUCGCGCCUUGUUCCCUGCUUUUUGUCGGUUCUUCGGCCCGCGUCAAAGGAGGCGCGAAGCGCGAACUUGCAAGACUCCACAUUACACACUAUUUUGGCUCAUCAGUGGAAAGAUAAAUAUUAAUUAUAUUAUGAUUAUAUUGUAUUAAGCGCCUAUAUUUUACGGUUUUGCAACAAAACAAAUUGAAAACAGCUAAAUCAAGUAUGAUGCCGCGAUUAACUAACAAUUAAACUCGAUCAGCUGAUACUUCUCCGCCAUCUUGCCGCAAACCAAACUGCCAAAUCGCCGUGAAGUUGUGCGAGUGUGGAGUCAUACGUCAACGUCGCGAAUGUUCUCUCCGCGAAGUCGCGCCGCCGAAUGUGAAUACGCACAUAGUCUGGAGGGAGCUUAAGAAACGUAGGGUGAUGACGUAAGGCGAAUACAAUCAAACAUAAAACAAUAACUCUACAAUGAUAUUUCAUUCUCUCGCCGAUUGAAAAGCGCAACGCAGCGAGAUCUGAAUGUCCCAUGUCCGCACACUUUGGUUUAGAUUAAAUGUGAUUGCCAGGAUACUGAUUGUUUACCUCUUCGACAUGAAUAUUAAACUUUUGGACGCCAAUGACGGAUAUAUCGGCACCGCAUGUCCUACGCCAAAGACGGAUUAAUCGGUUCCUACGUGCGUGUGCAUAAAGUUCAAUUUCAGUUUUGACACUUCGUUGACGUGGCGUCCGAGUGACAGCUUUUGUUUGACACGGCGUCGAAAAGGUUAAUGAGAAAGUCUUGGUCUAAAGAACGCAAACAUUAUUUUUCUAGACAUAGGUUGGUUGCGUAAAAGAAUGAAGUUCUGUAAUUUCUUGUCGAUUGUUGAAAUAUGUAAUAAUAGGGUUAUUUAUUAUAAUGUCAGUGCGACAAAAAAAAAGAGAUUGAACACUACACACUUGGGCAUUGACUUAAUGGUUAUUGAAUUGAAUUAAAUCAAUGUUCAAGUGAAAUCUAUGGCAAUAUCAUCUUCCAUCAAAGGCUGGAGCUUCUCAGCGGUUUCUGAAACCGCCUCAAAUAAAUAUGAUUUUUAUAGUCUUUUUGUAUAAAGUAAUAUAGCAGUGUGGUCGUAAAGUAUGAAUCAGAAUUUGUUUUUUCUUAUUGAAUGCGUUAAGUCCAGUGCAACUCAAUGUAUGUAAUUAAUAAUCUGAACCAUUGUAUUAUAAGAUGCUGUUUGACUGAGCCUCAAUUAUAAUUCUCUAGAAUUAGAAUGUGUGCUGCAGUGUGCUAGGUGUGUACAUUAAUUGUGAAUAAUAUGCCGUUGACAGAUAUGUAGUACACUUUACAAGUACAUGAAAUAAAUCUUAAUGAAGUUCUAUAACGACUGGGGAACGUAAUAUUGUGUAACUGUCUAUUCAUCUGUGAAAUCAAUAAGACUUCAGCAUUAACUAUGCGUCUGAUAAUAUUGUAUUUAAUUGGACAGUGAACUUGCAGGUUUCUAGUUGCACUUAUGUAAUGUAAAUGUUUAAGAUUGUAAAUAAAGAUUUUAACAAUUUUA